AUGGCCUUUGUGCUCGAUCAAGAUGAACCACCGCACCUGAACUUCAGAACUUUCGUCAAUGCUCUCAGGGCUGAUGGCGACCUCGCAGACAUACACCAAGAGUGUGAUCCCUAUCUUGAGGUGGCAGCAAUCACACGCCAUGCAUCUGAGACGAGAUCUGAAGCGCCACUCUUCCACAAUGUUAAAGGAGCCAAGGACGGCCUUUUUCGUAUCUUGGGUGCACCUGGAUGUCUUCGUCGCCCGGGAGAAGACGAGUUCGGGCGUAUAGCUCGACACCUUGCUUUGCCGCCCACAUCAAGCAUGAAGGAGAUCAUCGAUUAUCUGGUUGCUGGCACAGAAGUGGAACCAGUUGACCCUGUCAGCGUUCCUACCGGCCCGUGCAAAGAAGUCAAGCUGUUCGACAUAGACCUUACUGCUUUGCCGUCACCCACAUGCCACUUGAGCGACGGUGGGAAGUACAUUCAGACUUACGGAAUCCACAUCGUCAAAUCACCGGACGGCAAAUGGGAGAAUUGGGCCAUCUCUAGGGCAAUGAUACAUGACAAGACUCGUUUUGUGACCGCGAUGAUCUGGCCCCAGCACUUGUGGCGGAUUCAUGAGAUGUGGAAAGCUAUCGGCAAAGACUCUCCUCUCCCAGACGGUGUAUCCGAGCCGGGGUACAUUGGUGCAAUGACCGGACAUCCAAUGAAGGUGGUGAAAUGCGAGACAAACGAUCUUCAAGUCCCAGCCAACUCAGAGAUGGUCUUCGAGGGCACUAUCGACGCCAAUGCUUUGGGAGACGAGGGGCCUUUGGGGGAGAUGCAUGGCUAUUGCUUCCUCGGCCAUUCGCAGAAAAUGCCGCUGCUCAACGUCAAAGCAAUCACGCACCGUAAAGAUGCAAUCCUGCCAAUGUGUGUCUCUGGCAGGUCCGGGGACGAAACCCACACCAUUCCCUCGCCCACUCUCGCUGCGAAUAUGAUCGUCGCACUUCGACGCGCAGAAAUCCCAGUACUGGAUGUCGCGGUGCCAAUCGAGACAAUGAUGAUCUGGACAGUCGUCCAGGUUCCCCUGGAUGCUUUCGGCUUGCAAGGCUGGACCAGCGACAAGAUUUGCCGGGAAAUUGGUAGGGUACUGUUCGCAUCGAAACCCGGGACCUACGUCCACAAGAUCUUGGUGGUUGGAGACGACAUCGACAUCUACAAUUGGGACGAUGUCAUCUGGGCAUAUUCGACGCGUUGCCUUCCUACUCGUGACGAGAUCCCUUUCGAGGAUGUGGUUACCUGGGUGUUACUGCCAUCAGUCGCUCAGUCGGAGGGUCGAGCAACCGGGGCGGAUUUCAAGGGAGCUUUUCCUGCUGAGGUGCAAGAGAAGGUACUUCGAGAAUGGGGUUCUCUUGGCUUUCGUGAUCGUACGAAGAUUGCGUGUUGA